CCCAGCCCACCCCAUGGCCCCUCCCAGCCCCAGCACCACCAGCAGUAAUAACAACAGUAGUAGCAGUAGCAGCUCAGGAUGGGAUCAGCUAAGCAAAACGGAGCUCUAUAGCCGGGGGCUGCCUCCCAACACCACAGACCAGGACCUGGUGAAGCUGUGUCAGCCAUAUGGGAAAAUUGUUUCCACGAAGGCAAUUUUGGAUAAGACAACGAACAAAUGCAAAGGUUAUGGUUUUGUCGACUUUGACAGUCCUGCAGCAGCUCAGAAGGCUGUGUCUGCCCUGAAGGCAAGUGGGGUUCAAGCUCAAAUGGCAAAGCAACAGGAACAAGAUCCUACCAACUUGUAUAUUUCUAAUUUGCCACUGUCCAUGGAUGAGCAAGAACUUGAAAAUAUGCUGAAACCAUUUGGACAAGUUAUUUCUACAAGGAUACUACGCGAUUCCAGUGGGACAAGUCGUGGUGUUGGCUUUGCUAGGAUGGAAUCAACAGAAAAGUGCGAAGCCGUUAUUGGUCAUUUUAAUGGAAAAUUCAUUAAGACACCACCCGGAGUUUCUGCUCCUACAGAACCUUUAUUGUGUAAGUUUGCGGAUGGAGGACAGAAGAAGAGACAGAACCCAAACAAAUACAUCCCUAAUGGACGACCGUGGCAUAGAGAAGGAGAGGUGAGACUUGCUGGAAUGACACUUACUUAUGACCCAACCACGGCUGCUAUACAGAACGGAUUUUAUCCUUCACCAUACAGUAUUGCUACCAACCGAAUGAUCACUCAAACUUCUAUUACACCCUAUAUUGCGUCUCCUGUAUCUGCCUACCAGGUGGCAAAGGAAACCAGAGAAAACAAGUAUCGGGGCUCUGCUAUCAAGGUGCAAAGCCCUUCUUGGAUGCAACCGCAACCGUAUAUCCUACAGCACCCCGGUGCCGUGUUAACUCCCUCAAUGGAGCACACCAUGUCACUACAGCCCGCAUCUAUGAUCAGCCCUCUGGCCCAGCAGAUGAGUCAUCUGUCACUAGGCAGCACCGGAACAUACAUGCCUGCCACGUCAGCUGUGCAGGGGGCCUACUUGCCACAGUAUACACACGUGCAGACGCCGGCGGUUCCUGUGGAGGAGGCGAGUGGUCAGCAGCAGGUGGCUGUAGAGACGUCUAAUGACCAUUCUCCGUAUACCUUUCAACCCAAUAAGUAACUGUGAGAUGUACAGAAGGGUGUGCUUAAAUGAAGAAGGUUGUGAAGGCUGAACAAUCAUGGAUUUUUCUGAUCAAUUGUGCUUUAGGAAAUUAUUGACAGUUUUGCACAGGUUCUUGAAAACGUUAUUUAUAAUGAAAUCAACUAAAACUAUUUUUGCUAUAAGUUCUAUAAGGUGCAUAAAACCCUUAAAUUCAUCUAGUAGCUGUUCCCCUGAACAGGUUUAUUUUAGUAAAAAAAAAAAAAAAAAAAAAAAAAAAAACCAACAAAAUACAAAAAGAUUUUUAUCAAAUGUUAUGAUGCAAAAAAAGAAAAAAAAAAAGAAAAAAGAAAAAAAAAAAGAAAAAGAAAACUUCAAUUCUCUGGGUAUGCACAAAGACCAUGAAGACUUACCCAAGUGCAUGACCGGAUUCUUGUGGUUUUGUUCAUUUUGUGUUUCGUUUGUGUUUUUUUCAGCUGUAUGAAAUGGGCUUUCUGAUGUUUAAAUAGUCCAACUUCACCCCUGGUGUUCUGUGCUUGCAGUGUGAGUGUUGCCGCCAGUGUCUCUUUUCUUAGCUUUCUGUUUUCCUUUCCACGUAGUGUGAAGUGUCUUAUCCUUUUCUAUGAAUUCCAAUUUGCCUUAACUCUUUUGAUGCUGUAGCUGUUUCAGUAAAAGUUAGUUCAAACUAAUGAUGUAGAAUGCUUUGACCAAAUGGGCUGGUCUAUUAUGCCUUGUAAAACAGCAGCAUAGGGCUUUUAAAAGGUAGUCAAUAAAAGUUGCUGAAAUUUUGGCUUUUUUAAAUAUGUAGUAGGUGUUUUUAAUGAUUUUUCACAUAAUGUGUAAGGUAGUGAAAUGCAAGAAGGGAAAACUGUUUUGUGUGAAACACAUUUUCUGACUGGGGAACUUUUAAUAGGGUAAAUUGUUUGUAAGGCUGUAUGCCAAGAGUUUCCUCUGAUAGUUUGACUGAUUUAGGAUAUCUGCUGUAUGAUGCAAUGUAAAGUCUUUUGCCUUUUUUCAGGAAAAAAAAAAACAACUAACUUGAUGUUCUAGAUUUAGUGUAGGUAGCGUAGGGGCAGGGGGUGGGGGGAGGGGAGGGAGUCACCGAAUGUUUUGUCCUUCCUUUAUACUAACGAUAGUGCUUUAGAAUGAGAAUGACGCCUGAGAUCUGGCAAACCGAAAAAAAACACAAAUGUUGCUAUUGCAACGAAAUGGCAAAAGCUAAAAGUAAGGAUUUAUCUUCAAACAUAAGCUGAGAUAUGAAUAGAAGCAAAACGAUUGGCUACUAGCUCUCUCUAUCAUGUAAAUUUGAGAAACAAAAAUUACUUGGCACUUUUAAAGGUAACUUCACCAAAGACCGAAGAGCCAGUAACCAGUAGCUCCAACUUGUCUCAGCAUCACAUCUUCUGUGCUCUUUAUUUUUGCCGGACCAGUUUGCGGUUAGGAGAAUGUGCCUUUUUUGUACCUUUGGAUUUAGGUUUUAUAAUUUUAAUUGAUGUAUGGACACACACAAACAAACAAAAAAGCAUGAAGGAAGAUUUGGAUCCAAGCAGUGCCACACUUUACAUCAUCACUACAAGUGUUAAGUGUAAAGAAAAACCAAUUUUGAAACUAUGAAAUUCCUGAUUCAUAAAUACACAGUUAUUUCUACUUUAGUACAUAUAAGAUAAUUCACUGUUAUUAAAGCUCUUUUAUUAAGAUGAUUGCAUACGUUUGAAAAGCAAUGGUAAAUUAAGUUGUCUUCCAAAACUGUGUACUUGUCUGGUCAACUGUGUGUGAUCAGUUAUCUACCUCAGAGUCUAUUUUCUUUUGUGCUGGGACAGGUUGCUGGCCCUCCCUGUUUCCACAGACCAAAUCCUUCCUAGCUCAGGAGCUAGGCCUAAGCAGUUAUUUCUUUCGAGUAGUUUUUAGUUCUUAAAAUUUAUGCUUGUGUUUGAUUAUAGAUGUCAGUGAUAUUUCAUAGUUUCAAAAGUCCUUGCUGCUCUGAGAAGUGUAGAUUCUAGUGAAAAUUACAUAGUCAUAAGAGAAGUGUGUUUUUGUUUUUGUUUUUGUUUCCUUUUUUAAAGUUGUGGUAUUAUUGGUUCUAUGCUCCCUGGAAUAUUACUGCUUUGUGAAAGUCCAGACUGAACGCAGCACCCUCUUUGUACCUAGUACAUUAUAAACCUGGGUCUCUCACUACUUGAUAUUUUUGCAUUAGUUAAGACAGAAAUUUGAUAACUCAGUCAGAGGGGAGGGGAAAUCUGCUGCUAGAAAUGUCUGAACUAAGUGCCAUACUCGUCUGGGUAAGAUUUGGGAAACAUAA